AUGCUUAGGAUACUGUUCAUUUACUCAAAGACCAAUAACUUGGUGUCGUACAGACAGGGCAUGCACGAGUUGUUGGCACCAAUCAUUUACCUGUUGCAUCAAGAGGUCACCGACUACAAGAAGAACGAAGAGAGCAUUGCCCUACACGAUAAGCAACAGGCAUUGGUCGACACCAUCUACGACAAGCAGUACAUGGAGCAUGAUGCCUAUAUGCUAUUCCAUGCAUUGAUGAAGUAUGCUUCCAACUGGUUCGGCGUAACGUCCACAGGCAACGCGUUGGCACCCUUUACAUCAUCUUCAUCGUCCUCCACGUCACAAUCUCCUCAAUCACUCCAAGCUCAGACAAAGCAAGCGCCCAAGCUCACAUUCUCUUUGGACCAAGAGACACAGAGUGAGGAGGCCAAAGCAACAGUUGUGAAUGAGGCUGUGAUCAAGUGUAAAAAGAUCAACAAGAUAUUGAAGAAGCAUGACCCUGCCUUGCAUUAUCAUCUCGAGGCCUUGGGAAUUGAGCCACAGAUUUACUUGCUACGCUGGAUCAGACUACUUUUUGGAAGAGAGUUCCACUUGGAUGAUGUGAUCACGAUGUGGGACUCACUGUUUGCCUAUGGAGAAGACCUUAUACUCAUCGACUAUGUCUCUGUCUCCAUGUUGACCUACAUCAGAGAUCAAUUGAUCGAUAAGGACAAUGGAGGCGUACUACAGAGGUUGUUCAAGUAUCCACCAGUGGAGGACGUGACAUCACUCAUUCAACGUGCAUUCCGAAUCAAGGACACUGUUGGAGAUGUUAAUAAUGACUCAUCAUCGAUUAGCUCAGCAUCGAUCAGUAUUGGCACAGCCUCGGCUCUUGAUCAGGAACCAGCAAACAGUCCCUCAAGCAUGUUUACACCAUUUAACUUUGACCCUCUCAAGCAUAACCCAGUAAUGCCGUCCUCUGGUCCAUCGACAACUGGCGCCGCCGCGCCAAAGACUGCGCCAGCACCCCAACCAACAAGACCAACCAUUGUACCAACACCGGUUGCAUCGGUGGCCAAGGCCAAGCCACUGCCAUCAUCCAACCUUACAGCAAUCUAUGGAGAGUCGUUGUUCUCCAUGUCAUCGUCAUCAACACCAUCCACCACCAACUCUCUGACAGCAGAGUCCAAGUUUAGAUCGACUAACCUCAGCUCAGGCGACUUGUUUGGAGCGUCCAAGAGCGAGGCUGAGCCUCUGGGAUUCUUCACCACGUCGGUGAAUCUGAGCACGGCUCGCUCCAACUACUUCAACUCACAGCCCACUGUCCCACCCACCAAGAACUCAUUCAUCACUUCCAAGUCAUCGGUCAACACCGAGAUCAAGAAGCUCCGCAACCUCCAACGUUACAUCGGUAACUCUUUGGCUGAUCUAGUACCAACUCUUCAAGCUGGAUUCAGUGAUAACCCAUCAUUGAAUAGGCAUGAACAGUUGUCCAAGGCAGUAUCAAUGGUCAAUCACUUUAAGGACAUGCUGCUGGGCGACAUUCCUAUCCCUGAGAAUAUUCCAGAGAUACCUGAGGCAGAGACAGAGGACCCACUCAGCUCCAAAUGA